GCUUCCUGUAAACAUUGAGGAAAAUAUGAGGUCUUAACGGCGUUAAAUUUUCUCUUAAUGUCAUGCAUGGAUUUUAGUUUAAUUUCUGUUAUUUAUCGUAAAGUGAAGCAUACGUAAGGUCCUGCCUGCGCGCGUGCAAAUGUAGCGAGCUAUGUCUACCAGAACGGCAAGGGAAAGACAAGCGCGUGGACGACGAUAACAUUUCGAAAUUCAAUUAUCUGCUUCUUCUUAUACGGGGAUGUUUGGAUGUAAACAUUAGCAAGUUAGCUUUUACAUAAACAAGCUAGCUAUUUUACUCCUAGCACAUAACAUUGCCAAUCAACUACACCGACAUUCUAUUGUGGGGUCUUGUUUUAUUAGCCGCUAAAACAUUAUAGUUUGUGUGUGGAUAUAAGUGAAGAUAAACUGCUGCGCUCACAAGCCAAUUGCCGGCUAAAAAAUGGAUAAAGAAGAAUCGGACCGAUUGAUAGAAAAAGCAAAACUGUGCUUGCGAUCCGGACGGAGAGAAAAGGCGCUCCAGUUAUUAUAUGAAGCUCAGAAAAUAUUCCCCAGCACACGAGCCAGAGUUCUGAUCGACGCCAUCUUGAGGAACGGCAGUGCGGCGGGAGAGGGGGGGCGUGCCCACGACCUGCGCUUCCGGCGUGGGAGCGAGGAGGAAGAGGACGAGACCGAGCGCGUCAGGGGAGGAAGCGACAGGAGUAAGGCCUACACAGAGGAGCAGCAACAGGGCGUGUAUAGGAUAAAAAAAUGCAAGGAUUUCUAUGAGAUUCUGGGAGUGCCCAAGGACGCCAGUGACGAGGAUCUUAAGAAGGCCUACAGGAAGCUAGCACUGCGGUUCCAUCCGGACAAGAACUGCGCCCCGGGGGCCACUGAAGCCUUCAAAGCGAUAGGCAACGCGUACGCCGUGCUUAGCAACCCGGAGAAGCGGCUGCAGUACGACCAGGUCGGCGAGGCGCCGCCCACGGAGGCCACGGCCCAACAGAGCGCCUACGCCCGCCACGGCGGCCAUCACCGCAACUUCUACCGCGACUUUGAGGCGGACAUCUCCCCCGAGGAGCUCUUCAACGCCUUCUUCGGCGGCAGGUUUCCCACGGGAAACAUCCACGUGUACAGCAACAGAGGGGCGACCUACGCGCACUACUACCAGCCGCGCCGGCGGCGCAUGAACGAGCGGAGAGAGGACGACGUGGAGGACAACCGCAGUCAGCAAAACACCUUCACAGCCUUCCUGCAGCUACUGCCUGUCCUGGUUCUGAUUCUUAUCUCCGUGGUGACGCAGCUGAUGGCCACAAACCCUCCUUAUAGCCUCUUCUACAAACCAUCCAUGGGCCUGGUGGUUUCCCGGGAGACCCAGCACAUGGGCGUGCCCUAUUAUGUGGACAAAGGCUUCCAGAAGGAGUACAAGGGGGCGGCCCUGCAGGAGCUGGAGAAGUCCGUGGAGAGCGACUACGUGGAGUACCUGCAGAACAGCUGCUGGAAGGAGAAGCAGCAGAAAUCGGACCUGGCGAACCUGGGCCAGCUGUACCGCGACGAGAGACUGAAACAGAAGGCGGAGUCCAUGAAGCUGGAGAACUGCGACAAGCUGUACCGCAUCGUGGGGCGACAGCGGGGCGAAUGAACAGGAGGAGGAGGAGGAGGAGGGCGGAGCCCAACACGGAGGCACGUAGGCAGCGCACAGAAAGUGUCACCGUUUGCGUUUGUAGCAGCAUUUCUUUUUAUCCAUUAUAUUUAGAUUUUAAUUUAACUGACGGGUUUGGUAGCUACUUUGUUAGCGCGAGCAGCUCGAGUACGAGUGUCUGCCCUCCUCUCUCUGUUUUCGGAAGGGAUAAAGAGAGGAGGAGGUGCAGCGGGGCGGAAGAGCUCCCAGCGCUCUGGGAGCAGCUAGUCGUGCCUGUUCUGUCUCGGGAGUGAAGCAGGGUGGGUAAUGUAGUGUCACUACAUGGGCCUUUGCUCUGCUGAGGCCUGUUUUUAUUUCCUUACAUUAAGGAAUAGGGUUAUGAUAACAGCGACGCUCGCGCUUCUGUUUGCAUUCAGUAUCAUUUCACAGCCAUCCCGCCUGAGUGUUUCGCUAGUUUAUUAUUUAUUCAUGUAUUUAAUCAGUUAAUUUAAUUUAGAUUUAUUUGUCACAAGGCACAUUUUAUUAUAUCUAUAAUUUAUUUAUAAACAUUUAGGCUAUGAAUUCAAUUUUAGUUUUUUUAAUUGCAAGGUUUAAGCCAGAGGGCUCAAAUUUUACGCAACACAGCCCUAGACUCCAGUGGUCAGGAAAGAGUCGGGUUUGAAAAUGGAGGUUGUAAACAUGGUAAAUCCCCUCAGACACAUCGGCACGUUUCAGAGGAACUUUGUUUCAGUGGCCUGAGGGGGGUUCCAAAAGCUUUAUUUACAUUUUUUUUUACAUUAUUCAGAAAUUAAUAACCAGUCCUGUGCACUUUUCAAGGAUUUAAAUGUCUUUCAACUCUCCUGAAUCAUCACUGCAUGUGGUGUCUGAGUGAUACCCACACCUAAGCACCUCUUCUCCAUUUCCCAAACAUUAACGUUUUCAUAUUCAUAGACCGAAUGCAGUAUAGACAAUUCAGCAAUGAAAGAUAGAGAGAGAGAGAGAGAGAGAGAGAGAGAGAGAGAGAGAGAGAAUGGGGGAGUAUGGGCAGUAAUCCCUUUUCUGGGAUUUUUCAUACUGUCAUUUGUCAGAGACAAUUGUUGGAAAGACAGGUGUGCUCGUAUAAUUGACUCUUCAGACAUUACAUUUUUACAUGCCGCGUAUCUGAUGGUUUUCUUUUUCCCUUCUCUCUUUUUUUUUCUUUAGCCAGGAGUCUUUAAAACUUAAUUUAUCCUUUGACCUUAGACCCACGUACUCACUGUCAAAUGCAUAAACCCUGUACUAAUGGGGAUGGGUGGGGUGUGCAGAAAUUGGCCAAUCGUAUUUGCCGUUUCCUGAUGGAGGAGGGUUCGGUCCACGGUCAGCUGUGCGUGUGGGCGUGGCCAUGCGCGUGCGCAGAUGUAUGUGGGCGAGUGUUUUUCCCUGUCCGUUAAGUUGAACUGUGGUAUUCAGCUAAUUUAUGCUGAGCAACGUUUAACGUUUUGUUGUGGUUUAAUAAAAUGUAACACAGUA